AAUUCCCUUCUGUUUGAAGCAACUGCAAGUCUUCUUGCUUCCUCCUUUUGUUUCCUUUUCCCAAGUGCAGGAGGGAUGUCAGAACUGGAAAAAGCCUUUCAUAAAUUUGCCGUAUACGGAGACACAGCUGCUACAGGCCAUGACAUGACAGGCAAGAACUUCUCCAAGAUGUUGAAAGAGUGUGGUGUAAUGGAUGGCAAAGCUGUGACCAGCACUGAUGUGGACAUUGUCUUCAAUAAAGUCAAGACCAAGGGUGCUCGUAACAUCACAUUUCCAGAAUUCCAAGAAGCAAUAAAAGAGCUGAGUGCUAAACGCUUCAAAGGGAAGUCCCCUGAUGAGGCUUUGCAGGCCACUCACCAGCUGAUAGAGGGCAAGGAACCAGGCAGCGUAGGGGUGACGAAAGCUGUUGCAGCCGGUGCAGUAGACAGACUGACAGAUACCAGCAAAUACACAGGUUCUCAUAAGGAACGCUUUGAUGAAAGUGGCAAAGGCAAAGGGAUAGCUGGACGUGAAGAAAUAGCUGACCACAGUGGCUAUGUUGGGGCUUAUAAGGGAGCUGGGACAUAUGAUAAGUCCCACUAG